GUAAACUUUAAACUUGGCCAGGGCAGGCAGGGAGCUUCAUGGAUGUCCACGUCUCUCGGUGCUGAAUCGCAGUCCGCGGCACCCCGUGCCGUUUCCUCUGCCGUCGGCCAUGGUGCGCGUGGGGCGCGGGGCUCAGCCCGGCCUCUGAGAGCGACGCCUCGCCCUCCCUUCUCUGCUCUGCCGCCGCUGUCUUCCCCGCGCCCCCGCCCGCCUCCACCUGCCUAUCUGCUUCGGCGCUAACGGUCUGAAGCGUUGGCCAUCGGCUUUCCUCCCCGCUGCAGCCCACCCGACAUGGAGCCGUCUGCGGGAAGCUGCCGGGAGUGAUUAUCGCUUUUCGACCGAUCUGCUGGCGGCCCCCUCGCCGCCCGUGCUUGCUCCAAUGGAGCUGGACGAGACGCCACUCGCCCCCCCGAAGACCAUGCUGCUUAUGCUGAGGAAAGUUCGCAAGAGACGGGAGAUGCUGCUGCAGCAGCUGGGCUUCAUCUGCGCCAUCCUCUUCUUCGUCUGGUGCAUGUCCAGCCUGCUCUCCAGACUGGGCCAUGAAUCAACUAUUGCAGACAAACAUGUUUUGUCAGGAGUAUGGAGGAAUAGAAGGUUGAUGGCAUCACCUAAUGGGACACAGGAAGAAAAAAACUGUACAGAGCCAGCCAUUAAUGAAUUUCCUGAAGAUAUAUUUACAAACAAAGAACGGCAGCAAGGAGGAGUUCUACUUCAUAUAAUUGCUGCUCUUUAUAUGUUCUAUGCUUUGGCUAUAGUGUGUGAUGACUUCUUUGUUCCAUCCUUAGAGAAAAUUUGUGAGAAACUACAUUUGAGUGAAGAUGUUGCUGGAGCCACAUUCAUGGCAGCAGGGAGCUCCACUCCGGAACUGUUUGCAUCUGUUAUAGGUGUGUUUAUCACUCAUGGAGAUGUAGGAGUAGGAACCAUUGUUGGUUCAGCAGUUUUCAACAUCCUCUGCAUUGUUGGUGUCUGUGGAAUAUUUGCAGGACAGGUGGUUUGUCUCACCCGGUGGGCAGUGUUUCGGGACUCUGUGUACUACACAAUAUCUGUGAUUGUACUUAUUGCUUUCAUAUAUGAUGAGAAAAUAGAAUGGUGGGAAAGCCUUAUACUCAUCAUUAUGUAUUCAUUCUACAUACUUAUCAUGAAGUACAAUGUGAGGAUGCAAAAUUUCUUCACCGUUAAAACCAAGAAUGUUGGAAAUGGUGACACAGCCAACAAUGAGCUGGAAGAUGGUAAUAAAUGUUAUGCCCUUAAUUAUGAUGACCCAUCCAUUCCAUUACUAUGGAAAGUGAAGGGCAUGCAGCAGUACGGCAAAAACAGCGUAGUAAUGGUAGAUGAGAUCAUCUGCUCCAGUCCUCCCAAAUACCGGUUCCCUGAAGCUGGAUUACGGAUUAUGAUUACGAAUAAAUUUGGACCACGCACCAGAAUGCGGAUGGCAAGCCGGCUCAUCAUUAAUGAGCGUCAGCGGCUGAUCCAAUCUGCCAGUUGCUCAAACAAACCACUUCAGAAUGGGAGACAUGAAAAUAUUGAAAAUGGAAACAUCCCUGUGGUAAACCAAGAGGAGGAAACUGAACAGGACAAUCUCUCUCCCUUUUCACUGCCAGAUGGAAAAAUGAACAAAAUUAAAUGGAUUUUCACGUGGCCAUUGAUAUUUGUGCUCUUUUGCACCGUUCCAAACUGCAGCAAACCACGCUGGGAGAAGUGGUUUAUGGCAACAUUCAUCUUAGCCACUCUCUGGAUUGCCUUGUUCUCCUACUUCAUGGUGUGGAUGGUGACUGUGAUUGGAUACACCCUUGGAAUACCAGAUGUGAUCAUGGGUAUUACUUUCCUAGCUGCAGGAACAAGUGUUCCAGACUGCAUGGCCAGCUUAAUAGUAGCAAGACAAGGUCUUGGUGACAUGGCAGUGUCCAACACAGUAGGGAGCAAUGUCUUUGACAUUCUGGUGGGCCUUGGUGUUCCGUGGGGUUUGCAGACCAUGGCGAUUAAUUAUGGAUCAACUGUUAAGAUAAACAGCAAAGGACUGGUCUAUUCAGUUGCACUUUUGCUAGGAUCAGUGGCACUUACAGUGCUUGGAAUCCAUGUAAAUAAAUGGAAACUUGACAGGAAGUUAGGCAUCUAUGUGUUGUUUCUUUAUGCUGUUUUCCUGUGUUUCUCUAUAUUGAUAGAGUUUAAUGUCUUCACCUUUGUCAACUUGCCUAUGUGCCAAGAAGAACCUUAAAGGACAGCAAGGAGAGAAACUGAAAUUCUUCUGAUUACAUGUGCUGUAAAUGACAGGAGGCAUUUCACUUUUCUACCUACUUUCCAUCAGUAAUUUGAGUGUCAUUCCUGCCUCACCAAGCACUUUUACCCGUGGGAGGAUAGCAUACCUUUCUUUAACGUGCACGCUCGAGGCAACCAAAGCAUCUUCCUCUUCUUCGGAUAUUGCUGCUCAGUCACAACGCUGUGCAGAUCUUACGCAGAACUCCGAAGUGACCAUUUCUGGAGCAUUCUGCUGUGGUUUUCAUUCUCCUUUUGCAGCCAAUCAACCACCACCACCAUGGUUAGCAAGAAGAUGGGAGAAAAACCUUUAUAGUUCUUCUGAGUUUGACAUUUACUUUUCCAUGGAAUAAUAAGAGGCAAGUUCGGAACUUUUCUAGGCUCAGUCAAAAUAUCUCAAUUUACAGGACCAGAAAGUCCAAGGCACAUACCAUGGCAUGCACUGUUGAGGACAUCAUUUCCCCCUUCAAGUGCUCUGCUUUUAUAGAGGAACUACACUGACAGUUUUUGAUGGCGGCGUGGAAGGUUUAUCUCUCUUCAAUAAACCUGAGCAAUGUGGCAGAGAAAGAAGAGGAAAUGGUUGUAUGUUGUAUCACUUUGUGAUGAUGCACACUAGAAGUCAGAGUAUCUGCAUAUGGAAGAAGAUAAUUACAUGCAGAACUUCAUACUUGAAAAACAUGUUUUACCAUUAACGAGGAAUGCUGUAUAUGUAAACUAAUGCUUGUGGAAUAUUGCACCACAAGAAAAACUUUGCAUUGGCCCUUGUAAGUCCGUUGUGUAAAUUUUGAAGAAACUAAAAUAAAACAGCUGAGUUCUCAGUAACUAUCAGUUCUUAUCAGCUGAGAGGAGUAUCUGAACGUAAUCCAGACUUUCUGACAACAAAGCCCACCCUGACUAUGAUUUAAUUUGAUUGGUGGGGGAAAGAAGCUUAUUUCAUCAGCUAAGAAGCUGGUGUAUUCCUUUCCUUUUUUUAUUUAUUCCCAGAAACUUCAUAAAGAUGAGUGUUUGACACUGAGAAGUGCAGAUAAGGAACACCUAGACAAAAGCAAGUCUGUCAGGAGCAUCUGGUCCUUGAUUUGACUGCAUGCAAGCUUUGAAGCACGAUAUCCUUCUUUUUAAGCCCCAGUAGAAGCCGAGUUUAGAUAUCCUUUCCACCAGCAUAAAUCUGAUACAAGGAAUUACUCUGGACCUAAUUGCCAGCGGGAUCUGGCUCAGAGUAUUAAAAAUAAUGGGUAGCAUUCCCCAUUGUAGAAGUUGUGUGGUUUUGAGUUGCUACUAAACUUUAUUUAUUUUCAAGCUGUAUGUGAACGGU